AUGUUACACGACGAGCGUGGUGCCGUUCUCGAAUCCCUUGUCGCCCGAACGGAGCGUCAGGUCGAGAGCACCCAAUCUCUCAUCCGCAUCGUUGGUCUCAGUGCCACGCUGCCCAAUUACAUCGACGUCGCCGACUUCCUCAAGGUCAACCGCUACAUGGGUUUGUUCUAUUUCGACGCGUCAUUUCGCCCCGUUCCGCUUGAGCAGCACUUCAUCGGUGUGAAGGGCAAGGCUGGGUCGAAACAAUCCAAGGAGAACCUCGACAACGUAGCCUUCGACAAGGUCAAGGAGAUGCUGGAGCAGGGACACCAGAUCAUGGUGUUCGUACAUUCCCGCCGAGAUACAUACAUGUCGGCCAAAAUGCUGCACGAGAAGGCGGUUGACCAGUUUUGCCUGGACCUUUUUGACCCUAGUGGCCAUCCGAAGUACGAAAACGCCGUUCGCGAUAUGAAAUCGUCCAAGGCAAAGGACCUUCGCGAACUCAUCCCCAAAGGUCUGGGUAUUCAUCAUGCCGGUAUGGCCCGAUCCGACAGGAACUUGAUGGAGCGCCUCUUCGGAGAGGGUGUCAUCAAGGUUCUUUGUUGUACGGCCACUUUGGCUUGGGGUGUCAACUUGCCAGCCGCAGCUGUCAUCAUCAAGGGAACGCAGGUGUACAGCGCCCAGGACGGGAAGUUUGUCGACCUAGGAAUUCUAGACGUCCUGCAAAUCUUUGGUCGUGCUGGUCGACCUCAGUUCGAGGACACUGUAUUGGCAUGA